AUGCUUGAGCAAACUGUUUUGAUUAGAAGGAUGAGAGCAGAGAUGCAUGUAUUUUUCAAUGAAAACAAGAUUGACAAGAGAAGAAUUGUGAGUGAAUGGGAAUUGACAGGGUGGCAGAAGUGUAGGCUGGUUGUAGGUGGGCUGCAGCGGGAUGUUGUUGGUGGGCUGUCUCUGGCGGCAGUGCUGCAGGAUUUGUGUGCUGCAGCUGCAGUGCAGGCAGAGGUGGUGCAAGAGCUUCGGAGCAAUGGUUGCAGUGGUUGGAGGCUGGAAGUUGCAGGCACUGCGGAAAGCUGGAGGCUGCAGGGUCUUGGUGAACAAAAGGGGAGGGCUGACCUGGACUUGAAGAUUGCCUUCUCAGCCAAUCCUCCACCUCCACCUCCUCUCACUCCGCCCCCACCCCCACCGCCAGACCAUGCAUGGCUGGUUUACACUUGGCCAUUUGGCUACUGCUUAAAACCACCGGUCAUUGACAAAUGCAAACUGGCACCUUUGCCAGAAAAACUUGUUUUGCAUGGUUUGUGGCCAGUUAACAAAAAUGGGUUUCCUGUGAUGAAAUGCCAAGAAAGGCGUGACAUUUCACCUCUGUUCCAAAGCGUAGAUUUUUACGACUCUAUGAUGCAACACUGGCCCUGUCUUACGGCCCCAGUUGAAUCCAGCAAGAAACAAAUUAAAUUCUGGACUGAUGAGUUUUUUAAGCAUGGCAGUUGCUUCGCAGGUGAAACACCCGAAGUGUUCUUCCCAAGGGUGCUGAGCUUAGGGACGGAGAUAGGUCUGUACGAAGCUUUGCUGGCUGAGCAAAUAACUCCCGGUGCUGUCUACCCGAGAACUGCAUUUGAAACCGCCGUCGAAGCAAAAUUGGGCUCCAGUGGCAUGAUGAUUAUGAAAUGCUACAAGGAUGGCAAUGAACUGAUUCUUGAUGAGAUAAUGAUAUGCAUGGACGUGAAAGGAGAGGCAGCCGUACCAUGCUCGAGCCUGGAGGUGAUUAACGAGGAUACUUGUGGGAGUGGAACCAAUGGGAUCACGCUGUUGGGUAGUUCGCUUGGUUAUAUUUAUACCAGUUAA